CACUCUCAGCGCUGAAACUUAUACUCAUUUCUCACCAACUGCUAUUCUACCUCUCCUCUUAUUAAGCCAGGUCGAUCCAUUAGCCACCAGAAUCAUCGCCAAGCUUGAAAAUGUCUUCGUAUACCACGAAUGAGCCUCUCACCUCCGGAAAUCGCACCGAUAUUCGUGGAGUCACUACCUAUCAUGCAGGCCAGAGCAGUGGUGUACAGCUCAUAGACUCGGAUACUUAUUCCAUUGGCCCGUGUGCCUUCAACGACGCCAACUUUGAACAAGCUUGGAAGAGAAACAGCUCUUUUUACAACACCAAUCAGUCCUACGAGAGUGACUGGACUCUCGAGCCCACAUCUGUACCAUCAAUUGCACUACGACCCCCUUCUCCAAGGAAGGCUAAUACCGUCACCGCCCGAUCAUACGAAGGUACAUAUGCCGCACAAGUCCCUCCCAACGACACAAACACUCAAGUCCCAGGAGACCUAAGCACGACCACCGCCAGCGGCAACCCAAUGAAAUUAAGAAGACAUUCGAUGAUUGUCCACCCAGGCAGCAGCGAGCCCGCAUGGCGAUACUCAACUUAUAGAUGCUGCCUGGCCUGAAGGCCUUGAAAAUUUCAUACCGAACGAGCUCUUACCAUGUGAAGAGCUGCCUGGUGGCUACGAAAAGGCAAAGGCUGGAGACAUUGGAGGUGUCCCCCUUGCCCCACAGGACUACUCCAAUCACUUUCUUCGGACUAUGAAACUUCUUGCG